UUUGAGGGUGUGUUUCUUACUACGGAAGCCGCGAGGAGCCGUUAUUCCUUUUCGCUUCACGUGUAUGAGGAUCCUUAUUUUAAUUCCGCCUGCUGGAGAUCCACCGCAUUGCGUGGCGUUUACCCAUUCGUUUUUGUCCUCUGGACAAGAGGAUGGCUCUUUAAGCGUCGCCCUUGGACAAGAUUUGGGUACCAGAUAGACACAGUUUCAGCCUGUCUGAGCCUCUCGUGUUAGUGGUACGGUGAUCCCUCGCAAGUCUCCAGAGUUCCACACGCUGCGUAACCGUCCUUCCUUCCUUCCCCCGGCAGCUGCAGUUGUCACCCUCUGGGAAGCCUUCUCUGACCUUCCACUGGGUCAGGGGCCUCCUCUGAGAAGCAGGGCUGUCAUCUUCACUCCAGCAAGACUGAGACCUCCAGUGGGGUCUGUGUCUCACGCAUCCUCCUAACCGUGCACAGGGUCCAAAGGGGACCCCUUUAUUCACUGGCUACAAUUUACAGAAUCUAUGCUAUGCGUUGGGUUCUGUGCUAGGAGCUGAGGAUGUAGCAGUGAACAAGACGAAGAUGUGUACCCUGCCCUCCUAGAGUCCACAGUCUGAUUGCGAGGAUUGAAGGCUGACAAAAACGCUGACCACAGCGGGGGAUCCAAACCCUUGACCAUGGUGUUACCAGCACUAUGCUCUAACCAAAUGUCCGGCAAGUUGGCCAUUGGCAGCGACAUCGGGCAGGCCCGCCGGGCAGUAGAGCAGCUGCGGAUGGAGGUGGGCAUCGACCGUGUGAAGGUGAGAGUCACAGAGGACAUGGGAGGCGGGGUGAGGUGGGCACACCUGGGCGAGGGGCAGGUGGACAGCCUCAGUCUGGCUGACCGAAUAUGUCUGCAGGUGUCCAAGGCGGCCGCCGACCUGCUGCAGUUCUGCACCGAGCAGGCCAAGAGUGACCCCUUUCUCAUGGGCAUCCCAGCCGCCACCAACCCCUUCAAGGAGAAGAAGUCCUGUGCCAUUCUGUGACCCCACGACAAUGCCACCUAGUGAGCCCAGCAACCCAGAGGGCC